GGGAAUUAAGAAAAAUGGUUCAUUUAGGAUUUAAUAAUAUUGGAGGAUUUAAUAAUAUUAUUGGUGCUAUAGAUGCUAUUGUUGAUUAUCGUGAUGUUUUUAUUGAUUAUGAGAUAGGAUGGCCAGGAUCAGUUCAUGAUGCAAAG